CGGCCGGAACCGCCAUCUUCCAGUAAUUCGCCAAAAUGACCAACACAAAGGGAAAGAGGAGGGGCACCCGCUACAUGUUCUCUAGGCCUUUUAGAAAACAUGGAGUUGUUCCUUUGGCCACAUACAUGCGAAUCUACAAGAAAGGUGAUAUUGUAGAUAUCAAGGGAAUGGGCACUGUUCAAAAAGGAAUGCCCCACAAAUAUUACCAUGGCAAAACUGGGAGAGUCUACAAUGUUACUCAGCAUGCUGUUGGCAUCAUUGUACACAAACAAGUUAAGGGCAAGAUUCUUGCCAAGAGAAUUAAUGUGCGUAUCGAGCAUAUUAAGCACUCUAAGAGCCGAGAUAGCUUCCUGAAACGGGUGAAGGAAAAUGAUCAGAAAAAGAAGGAAGCCAAAGAGAAAGGUACUUGGGUUCAGCUGAAGCGCCAGCCUGCUCCACCCAGAGAAGCACACUUCGUGAGAACCAAUGGAAAGGAGCCUGAACUGUUGGAACCCAUUCCCUAUGAAUUCAUGGCAUGAUGGGUAUAAAGAAAAUAAAAGACCUGGACUGUGUAAAAAAAAAA